UCUCUCUCUCUCUCACGCCAUGGGGAUAACGUCAUCCAAGGAUCUGAAUCAAGAGAAUUCCGAUCCCAAAACUCAAAAAACCCAAGUGCAGACAGAGAAAGUAGGAGACUCGUCAAGUGUUUUGAAAGAUCAAUUACAAGUGUUCAUGAGAGAAGGUGGAUGCAAGGAAACAUAUGAGGCUUUUCAAGAUUGCGUGGAGGAAGCUCAAAAUAAGAAUAAGGAUCCUAUCUCUAUGUGUUAUCCGACGUUGGAGAAGUGUAUGGAGGCUCACUAUGAUUACUAUCAUCCCUUUUUCGCGGCUAAGAAAAGUGCUGCGAAAGUGUUGAUGAAGGAUUUUGUGCCUUCGUCUGUAUGGCGAGAUCCAGGGGAAUAUGUAUCCCCAAAACAGUUAAAGGAAGAGGAAGAGAAAGAAGAGUUGUUUUUGGCGUUCAUGAGAGGAGGGGGUUGCAAAGAACCCUAUACAGCUUGGGAAAAUUGCAUUGAUGAAGCCGACAAGAAUCCGGAAGACAUCGUCCUUAAGUGUGCUGGAGUUUUUUCUAGGAUGACCAAGUGUAUGGACGCUCACUCCGAUUACUAUCGUCCCAUUCUCGAGGCCAAGAAAACUGCUGAAGAACACAUGGAGAAUGAGCUUCAAGUCUUUCUCUCGGAAGCAAGCUGA